AUGUCCAACUACAUCCACGUCCCGCCCGGCUCCCCGGAGGUGCCCAAGCUGGACAUCACUGUCAGCGAGCGGGAGGGGCCCGGCUACCGCCAGGGCGCCCUGCAGCUCCUGCGCCGCCUGCGGCCCCACUGGAGACCCGAGGAGGUGACGCUGCAGCUGUUCACUGAUGGAAUCACCAAUAAACUAAUUGGCUGCUACGUGGGUGACAUAACAGAUGAUGUGGUUCUAGUUAGGAUAUAUGGAAAUAAGACUGAGCUCCUAGUAGAUCGAGAUGAGGAAGUGAAGAGUUUCCGCGUGUUGCAGGCUCAUGGCUGUGCACCUCAACUAUACUGUACUUUCAAUAAUGGCCUGUGCUACGAGUUCAUGCAGGGAGAAGCACUGGAUCCAGAGCAUGUAUGCAAUCCAGAUAUUUUCAAACUCAUUGCCAGACAGCUUGCCAAAAUCCAUACUAUUCAUGCACACAAUGGAUGGAUCCCUAAAUCUAAUCUGUGGCUGAAGAUGGGGAAAUACUUCUCUCUCAUACCCACAGAAUUUACAGAUGAGGAAGUAAAUAAAAGGUUUUUAAGUGACAUUCCAAGUCCUCAAGUUCUUCAGGAAGAGAUGGCCUGGAUGAAGGAAAGACUGUCAAAUUUAGGCUCACCAGUGGUACUCUGUCACAAUGACCUGUUGUGUAAGAAUAUUAUUUACAACAAGAAACGAGGUGAUGUGCAGUUCAUAGACUAUGAGUACUCUGGAUACAACUACCUGGCUUAUGACAUUGGAAAUCACUUCAAUGAAUUUGCAGGAGUAAAUGAGGUAGACUACAGCCUUUAUCCUAACAGAAAAUUACAGGAACAAUGGCUGAGAUCUUACCUUGAGGCCUACAAAGAAUAUAAAGGAUUUGGCACAGAAGUCAGUGAAAAAGAAGUUGAAGUUCUAUAUGUCCAAGUCAAUCAGUUUGCACUGGCUUCCCACUUCUUUUGGGGAUUGUGGGCUCUAAUUCAAGCCAAAUAUUCCACCAUUGACUUUGAUUUUCUAGGGUAUGCAAUUGUUCGGUUUAAUCAGUAUUUCAAAAUGAAGCUGGAGGUCAUGACAUUAACUCUUCCUGAGUAAUGAAGAGAAAGAAACUUACCAAGUGGAUAGACAACCUCUGAAUCUUUUCUGAGAACAGAUACUGCAAAAAAAGCUAAUCAUUUGUUGAAGUUCCGUAAUGCUCACUUGGUGGUUCUUGCUUUAUAAAUAAUGCCUCUAAACAGUCCUUCAAUGUUAAAUUUAAUAUGAAUAGCAUAUGUACUGCUGUUGAUACAAAAUGGAUUAGAAACUUGCUAAAUCUAUAAAAAGUUGUAGAAAUGGCAAUUUAAUCCUUCUUUGUAAUUUAACAUAUGUUGUAUGUGAAUUAUUUAUUAUAAGUUUAACAUGAUUCCAUUGCUGCUUUCAUUGGUUUUUGUAAAAGUUGGGUGCAGACAGUGAAGUUUUUCCAAAGGAUUCGUUUAACAAAUUAUUUUAUUGAAGUUGCAUUAACUUAUAUUAAAGAAAACAUGGUCAGAGAAUAUUAACCUUUUAGAUGUAUACAAGCAAAAUAUGAGCGAUAAUAGACUUGUGAGAUCACCAGUGUGCUGUAACUAGGGAAAAAGGUUAGGGUGAUCUUUAUUUUUUCCCCUCUUUUUUUAAAAAAGAAAAAGGUAGCUUUCCAAAUGAUGGUAUUUUUCUUUUUUAUAAGAAUCAACCAGCUUGCUGAAAUGAUAAAUAACAUUUUAAUUUUUCAUUCUUGAUGCGUUAAGCUGUAGAAAUGUGAAAGUUCCGUGGCCAUCAGAUUCUUUGAGGGUAUGUACCAUCAUAGUGUUAGAUGGACAAUGUACCAUCUAACUUGUGUGGGAAAGCUGCUUGUUUAUGUGUACUUUUAAAGAAAAAGACCACUAUUACAAAUCUAUAUUCCUUUUUGAAACUUGAUUCUAAAUUUGAACACUAUUCUGGUGUCUAUAUUUGAUGUGCUUCAGCAGUAUCUUAACAGAAUGGACUAUUGAAUUGAAGAUUAGUGAACAGAGAUCCUGUUGCACUGGGAAGCAAGACACUUCGGUUUACAGUUUGUGUAUUGUUGACAUCUUUCUGCUUUGUCAUCUUCUAACAUUGGAUUCUAGUCUUAAAUGCUUGGUCCUGUAGUUGCAGAUUCUGGUAUGCCUGUUUUUAGUUUGGGGUUUUUGGUUUUGGUUUUUUUUCUGUGGCAACAAAUUACUUUUCAAAGUCUCCAGUUUGAAGGAUAAUACGGAAAAGUAUAUGACUUGAACAAUGGGGCUUUGAUCAUCAGACAUGUUUUCUUACUUCUUAAAGCUAUUAUACCAAGAAUGGUCUGGAUUACAAAAUGUGAAUUGAACAGAAAAUGUUUACUUAACAAAACAAUGUAUAAGUUUGAGUGGAAAAGAGGCUUUAAA